AUGUUACAAGCACAUGAUCAUCACAUUCGUGGUGACGUUUGCAUGACACGUCCACCGUAUCGCGACGGGAAAAAACCACGUGCAGUGAAAGUGUACACUAUUGCACAGGAAUCGAAGUAUCUUCUCGUACAAAAUAUUCCAUCGAUUGCUGGUGCUGGUGAACAAUUAGUACCACAUUUUAGUCAAUAUGGAGCUAUUGAACAGUAUUGGAAAUUAGACGGUUAUGAACGAAAGGAUCCCCAGGAAGGCGAACAAUUUUUGGAUACAAUGUUGAUUAAAUAUGUACAGAUUUCGCAUGCACGUGUAGCGAAAUGUCGAUUGGAUGAUCUGAACUUUAUGGGAUCGAAUUUACAUGUUUGUUAUGCGCCAGAAUGUGAAACUUUGGAUGAUUUGAAAGAAAAAAUUCAAGAGCGGAAGACAAUUGUUCGACGAAAGAGCGAGCUGAAUAAGUUUGUCUGGAGAAAGCCGUCGGCAAUGGCCUCGUCAUCACAAUCGGUCAAACCAACAACAAACGAUAUUCGAUUGAAAAUGCGCGAGAUUGUACAGAAAUCGAAUUUGAUUCCAAUCGCUUUACAACAAGAAAUGAAGAUCGCCAUUUUAGUUCUACUUUUGCUUAUCUCACCGAUUGAGCUACGUCGUCAUGAGGAUGAAGAUGACGAUGAUAAUUACGAAUUAUCCGACCUUCUCAAAGAACGAUUUAAUCAAUACCAGCAUCGUGGAAAACCAUCGGUUGAUCAAGAAGAAACAAAUACAAACGAUGACGGCGACGAUCAAUACUAUUCUUCUUCGCACCGACGUACAAAAACUCAUCCGUCACGAAAAAAAGUUCUUCCCGACAAUGUAUUCGAUAAUGAAGACGCGAGCGCAGAUGAUGUUACUACUCGAAUAACGUCUUCAGCGGAUAAAGUCACCAAACCAACAACAAACAAUAAACAUGAUAUGUCUGAUUCAUCUGUAUGCACUGACAAAUAUGACAUCAAAUCCGAACAGCUGGUUAAGGUAAAAGAGUUAACCAGCGGUGCUCGAAUGAUACGAUAUACCCUCGUCGAUAAACGAAAAUUAUCGAUGGGAGUUACGGUCAAGGAUGAGUGUAUGUCGAAUUGCUGUGCCGAAAAAUCAUGUGAUUUAGCUAUGCUGAGCGAACAACCAACUCAUAAUGGCUAUAAAUGUUAUCUAUUCGCUUGCAACGGUAGUUGUGUAUUAGCCUCACAUCAAGAUUACACAGUCAUGACCUUGAAAACCAAUUCUGUCCAGACAAAGCAGGAAUCUGUAACAACAACGAGUACUUCUGCCAGCAAUGUUCCGCGAAAAAGCUCGUUUUUCCGUGAAACAUCCGUUAUCAUAUUUCUUGUUUUUGGUCUUGUCUCUACAAUAAUAUUAUUCGUUUUACUCUUUUUGAAUUGUCGUCGAACACGAAGACACGCCAUGAAGUUCAAAAACUACUCAAUUGACGAAGAUUAUCUAAUCAAUGGACUUUAUCUCUAA